AUGGCUGGAAACACGCCCCAGCAGCAGCAACAGCAGCAGCAGUUUUUGUGCCAUCCGCAACCGCAGGUGCAUCCGCAGCAGCGACUGCAACAGCGAUUCCAACUGGGGCAGCCUCUGCACCCUCAAUAUAUGCCAGAGCAGCAGCUUCGACAGGAACUGCUGAAACAGCAGCUGCAGCUUGAACAGCAGCAAAGGCAACUCCAACCGCAGCCUAAGCAACAACAGAAGCGACCACAAACGCAGGGUCAAGAGCUGCAGCCCCAACAACUGCAGCUGGAGCUGAGGUCCGAACAGCUGCAACUGCAAACGAGACUGCCGCUUCAACAGCCGCAACUGCAGCCGGAACUACUAUCGCUGGGGUCUGUGCAGCUCUACCAACAGCAGCACCAGCAGGUACUUCACCAGCAGCAGCAGCAGCCCCUGCAACAGGUUGCGCCCCAACAAUUGCAGCAGCCGCCGGGACCCCAACAGCUGCAACUGCAAACGAAAUUGCCGCUUCAACAGCCGCAGCUGCAGCCGGAGUUCGAAGCGCUGGGGUCCCUGAAGCGGCAGCAACAGCAGCAGCAGCAACUACUUCAGCAGCAGCAGCAGCAGCAGCCCGUGCAACAGGUUGUGCCCCCGCGACGGAAGCAGCAACUGCUGUAUCAUGAAUCACUUAAGGGUCCCCCGGAGUGCCCCCUGGGCUUGCAGCCGCACCACGCACCACAGAGUCUGCGGCUGCUCGGGGAAAGCCUUUCGGAUGCGUUACCGCAGCCGCGCUCCUUGCUGCCUCAACAACGCCACGCCAAUCGCAGCGAACAGCAUCAGCUGUGCCAACGGCAGCAGCAGUGCCAGCCGCAGUUGCAGCAGAAGCAAGAGCAGCAACGCCAGCAACAGGAGCACUCGACGUUGCGCUGUGCACAGCUGCAGCCGCUCCUGCAGGGAGAACGUGGGCAGUUCCAGCUACAGCUACCGCAAUGCCCGAGUUCCCCGUUGCAGCAAGUGCUGCCGCAGCAAGCCUUCCCACUCGGAGAGGCUCCCGCUGGACAGCUAAAACGCGAUCCUGUGUUGCAGCUGCAACACCCACAGCGACAGCAGCAGCAGAAUCAGCUGCUGGACCAUCAGCGCAUGGAGUUGCAUGAGCAGCCGCAUCAACACCCAGGGCAGGCUGAACGUCAUGAUGAUUUGAACCAGCAACAUCUGCUGCUGCAGCGGCAACAGCAACAGCUACAGGUGCAACCGUCGCUGCACGAUCGACAUUUUCAGCAACACUCACUGCAGCGACACAAGCAGCAGCAACAACAACAGCAGCAAGAGCUUGGGCCUCGUCGUCAGCAGCCAUACGUGGCCGCUGCCCAGCUGCAGGAAGUGCUAUGGCAGUGCAUCCCCGACCAACGCGACCAAAACCAAGAAGAACAACAACGGCAGCAGCAAGAACACUUGGGAGGCUUCACCAGCACAAGCAUGGCGCGCGCCCUUCCACCACAGCCACCGUCGUUGCAAGGUCAGCAGAGAACGCCGCUGCCGCGAGAGCAACAGCAGCAACAGCCGCAAGGACUGCCCCAGCAACCGCAGCAGUCACAACACACGGCGCAGGAUCACAACCAUGGAGGUUCAGGAGGAAGGGGCAGUGCCGCAGCUGUUGGUGCGUCUGGAGAUUCAUCAGAGAAGCUACUUCUGGGUGCCUUCGUGCCCAUUACCCAACUCAUUAAGGCCCUUGGGGAGACUCGAGGGAUCCGUCGCGUGCUCCAGUGGCAACGAGAUUGCCUUCUUGUCUCCCAGUCACCUGCAGCAACCCAUUCCGAAACGACAACAGCAGCAACAGCAACGCCUGCAGUUGCUGCAGACGAAGUUGCUGCUCUUGAAAAUAUCCACUCUGUUUCAUGCUGUAUCCCAGACACUGCUGCUGCUGGCGAUGCUGCCUCCGGUGCUUCACUAAAAGAGCGAGCAAUGGGAAUGGCAGAGCCAGGAACAGCAUCUAAUAGUGAAAACGAACGUGAGCUAGCCUCAGCAGCGGCUGGAGCCGCUGCUGUUGCAGAAGGAAUGUCGUUGCGCUGGGUCGAAUCACAAGCAGUUGCAGCAGCAGCAACUUCUAAUAAUGGACUGCCGAGGGUACUCAAUGGCUCCCUGAGCAUACUGUACUCUGCACCUACAGGUGCAGGGAAAGGCCUUGUUGCCGAGCUUCUGUUGCUGCGACACAUAUUUGGUUUGCUGGAUAUGCCACCGCUAGACACACUACAACAGCAACAGCGAGCAGAGCAGCAGUUGCAGCUGCAGUGGCCGACCUCCGCAGUGACUGCAGCUACUGGUGGCGCUAACGGGAUCACACAACACACAUCCACGCAAGCGCCAUUGUCAACAGUAGCAGCAGAAACAGCAUCAACUGAGAAUGUAGGGGGCUGCUGCAAGCAUCCGCCGAGAAGAGCCGUCGUUGUGCUGCCAUUCGUUUCUCUGAUAGAAGAGCAACAGCGGAAACUGCAGCGUUUGUUUGCUGCUGCAGGCCUGCCCCUGAAGGUCGUGGCACUACACCACUGCAGCAGAGAUACCGCGAGCGUUGAGGCUGCAGCAACAGACCCGGCCGCCUUUGAUGUUGCUUUCUGCACCAUUGAAAAGGCAGCAGCGCUGCUGCAGCAGCUAGCAGAGAAGAAUCUGCUUUUACACCGGCUUGGGCUACUUGUGGUGGACGAGCUGCAUGCACUUGGAGACCCGACGAGAGGCGCUCUCUUGGAAUGUUUGCUUUCACAAGUUGUUUAUUGCAACACUAAGCUGCUGUUGAUGCAACAGGAGCAGCAGAGGCAACACGAGCAGCAGCCGCUGCAACCCAUACAAGUUGUGGGAAUGUCGGCCACGCUUAGCAAUAUAUCUGAGGUAGCUGCAUGGCUCUCUGCUGCUGUUUACUGCAACGAACACAGGCCGUUGCCUCUGCAAGAAGCAUAUUGCUGCUGUAGUGGAGCUCCUGCUGCUACAGUGAAGAGGAAAGGUGGCCAGGGCACUAAGGGAGUGACAGCAACAAACGCGCAUCUGCAGGUGCGUUUAUUCACGAAGCCUGUUGCUGCUGCCGCCGCUAACCCCCAGCAGCCCUGGCCGGAAGUUGCACUUCCGCCAUCAAUGGCGCCACUGCUGCAGAAGCUGCAUCAGCAGCAGCAGCAGCAUCAGGACCAGACCAUCGGCAGAAAAUUUGCUCGCUCAUCGAUCGCGACUGCUAUGGCGCGUGAGCCGCUGCUCCGGCUCCUGCUGCUGAUGCUGCAGCAGGGCAAUAGCGUCCUCAUCUUCUGCCGCAGCAAAGCUGCAGCAGAGACAGUCGCAGUCCUAGCCGCAGACUACGCCAUACCUUUACUGCGGCGGUGCUUGGAGCAGCAGCAGCAACAACACCAAGAGCAGCAGAAGUUCCAUUUUCUCUCAUCAGCUGCUGCAGAUGCUCGCAUGCGUCGUCUCCGCAGUGUUGCAGUGCUACAAGGGGGUUCCGUUAAGGACGUUGUUGUUUCUGCUGUUUCUGCUGGGGUUUCUAUACAUCACGCUGGCCUCACUUCUGAGGAGAGACGCCUCGCAGAAUCUCUCUUCAGAGAAGGCAUCGUCAAAGUGCUGGCGGCAACUUCGACCCUGGCAGCUGGUGUUAACUUUCCAUGCGACUCUGUGCUAUUCGACUCUCCCCACAUCGGCAGCAACUUCUUAGACUCGGUUCAUUUUAGACAGAUGGCAGGCAGAGCAGGCCGCAUGCAAGACAAGACUCAGCAGCAGCAGCAGCAACAACAGCAGACCCAGCAGCAGAAAGGCGGCCGGGCCAUUGUGGUGUGCAAAGCCUCAGAAGAGAAGGAAGUCAAGCAUCUACUGCUGCGUGGAACUCCACAAGUUGAAAGUGCUCUGCUGGCCGACAGCAGCGGCCUGCAGCGACUCAUCUUGGGAGCCCUCAGCUGCAGCAGAGGUGAUCUUCGCUGCAGCGGCAGCAACAAGGACCUGGCGCUGCUGGUUUGUUGCACAUUUCUUGUGACACAGCAACGGAGCAGAGUGCAACAGCAAGUGCAACAACAGCAGCAGGAGAUGCAGCAUCAAAAGCAGCAGCGUCAUUCGGAACGGGAGCUAGCUUUACUAGUGCAAAGGGAGACUGCUGAGGCCGUCUCUUCACUGGUCCGUCUUGGCCUGGUACGUUUUGCAGCUGGGCAUUAUGAGGCCACAGCAACAGGAAGAGCCAUUGCAGCUGCUGCUAUGUCGCCGGCAGAGGGUGCAGCAGCUUGCUACCGUGUUGCUGCAGCAAGUAGCAGACUGGCGCUGCACGAUGACAUCCCCCUUGCCCUUUUGGUGGCCCCAACGAUGCCGCUGCCACCGGCAGCGGCCGCGGCAGCAGCAGGAGGACGCGAGGCAGAAGCAGCAGCCGCUGCUGCUGCUGCACUGACAGCUGACGAUCUGAGACACCUGGAGAGGGCGAUGCUCCGCAUGCGCCCUUCCGAGCUUCUUGCAUUAGAUCAAAUGGGGGUAGGCCUGCUGCAAUUGAGGGACUUCAUGCGUCGACCUAGCCACAAACCAAUUAUGGCAGCUGCUUCAAAGUGUGCCUGCAAAGAGCACGAGGAACAGCAACAACAGCAUCAACAACAAAGGCCAGCGGCACCUGAGAGAGAAUAUGCAGCGGCGGGAACACUUGCCCCAAGCCCUGAGAAACGUUACUGUAUCCCAAGGGGUCAAGGCACACAUGCUUUUGGGUGCUGCUCUGCCGGAGAAAGCCGUCAGGGGCCCACUGUGGGCCCCUUGGACUUUGUAAGACUUCGCGCAGCGCUUGCGCUAGUCUCUCUGCUACGAGGAGUCCCCUUGCAACAAGUGGCGAAGAGUUUUGGCUGGCGGGAGGGGCAACUGCAGCAGGUGCACCAUCAGGCUCUGCUGAAUACUUCUCUCGUUGCUUCACUAUGCGACCGGAUGGGCCAUUGGAUUGUUGCGUUAUUGCUGCUGCAGCUGAGGCAGCGGCUGUUACUGCACGAGGCUCCCGAACAGCAGCAGCUGCAAGAGCUACUGGAGGUUGACGGCAUAUCUUUGCCAGUCGCGCGCCUGCUGCAGCAACACCUUAAUGUGCAUACACCUAAGCAGCUAGCAGCAGUGACGCCGCAGAAGCUGCUGCGGCUGCUAGCUGCUCACUUCCGCCAUUCCCCGCUGCAGCAAAUCGUCCUGCACGCCAACAGGGCAGCGUCAGACCUAACAAGAAAAAUCCUCAGGGGACUGAAAAGGUACUGCAGGAAAAGGGCGAGAAAGCCACAGAAAGCCUUGCAGCAGUUGGAACAGCAGCACCAGCAGCAGAAAAAGCAGCCCACAAGGGAGGCAACAACAAACCAAAGCGAGGAGCAGGAACAGCAGCAACACUGUCUGGAGCAGGAAGCUACAGAGCAGCAACAUGUUAUACGCCAACAACGGCGAAGCUUGCAGGAGCAGCAUCUGGAGGUGCAAUAUGUGGAGCAACAACAUUUAAUAGAGCAACAGCAGCACAAUCUGCAGGGGCAGCACCUGGAAGAGCACCAUUGCCAACCGGUGCAGCAGCGAUUCAUGCAUCAACAACACCUGAUGCAGCAACGGCGGCAAGAGAUACUGGAGCAGCAUGCGCAGCAGCAACGGCAGCAACAGAUACAGGAGCAGCAUACGCAGCAGCAACGGCAGCAACAGAAACAAGAGCAACAUGCGCAGCAGCAACGAGAGAAACACGAAGAAUAUAGUCCAAUGCAACAGCAGAUGCGCCUGCAGGUGCAGAGAUUGCCGCAGCAAAAAAAUAUGGGGGAGCGAAAGGGGCCGCAGCAAUACCUUGUGGAGCGGCAACAGCAUUGCAAGAAUGCCGAACAGCAGCAGCAGAAAGUUCAGUUGCGCCUCCACCACGAGCCACGUACCCAGCAGCAGCAACUGCUGUUGCUGAAAAAGCAUGACCAGCAGGGAACACAGACGAGUGACAAACUGAUUUGUUCCCUUUCAAAGGACCAGCUGGAGCACCAUGAACAGCCGAACAAACCACAACUACCGCAGCUCCAGCAGCAACAGACAACAUCUGACGGAGAGCCAAAACAGGGGCGUCAGAGAUUGCCGGACUGGAUAGCGAAUCUCCAAAGGCAUAAGCGGUGCCUAGAGGAAUCUCGGGCGGAGCAAAAGCCGAAACGGCAGGCGCAGAUGCCACAGCAGACGGCGCAACAAAGUCAUGCCCCGGAUGCGGAACGGCAAAUGCACCCAAAUUCAGUGCAGCCACAGCAGCAACAACAGCAACAGCAGCAGCAGCCUCUGCGCCGGCUACCCUGGCCAUCCCUUUCGGCUCUUUGCUGCUGCAACGAUUCCCAAUUGACUGCCCAGAGGCCCUCUGCUAAAGCGAACCCCCUGCAAGAUGGAGCUCCGCUGCGCGCAGCAGCAGCAGCGUCAGAAGUUGGUGGACUUGCAGAAGCAAAAACCCCCGACAAAAGAACAGGGAAAAUCAAAGUGAAUCGUGUGGGAAACAACACGCGUUUCUCAAUUGAUGACGCACUACUGCUGCCAAAAAUCUGCAGCAGCAGUGGUAGCAGUAGCAACAGUGACAACAGCCGCAAUAACCAGCUGGCUGCAGCACUGGAGCGAUCUUCUUUUUUUGCCGCGUGUAUGUUGUGGAGUGAGCCUCCCGCAGAUGCUGCUACAGUUGCUGCUUCUGCUGCAGGACGGGAUUCCAGGGGCCGCGGGGACUUCAGCGAUAGCAGCAGCAGCAGCGACAGUAGCGACACUGGCAGUAGCAGCAGCGGCAGCGAUGAGGAAUUUCCUGAAGGCCCCGAUGGGUCCCGAAUUCGGCACAGACAGACCCUGGAAGGUGUUCCUGCUCCUGCUGCCACUACUAAGAAAGCAAAGACUUUACCAGGAGAGCAUUUAGGAGCAUCAGGGACUACACCAGCAGCAAGGCCAGAAGCGACAGUGCCUGUCGCGCUACUUCUUGUUUCUCCGCUUGACGGCUGCUUUGUUGUUCCUUCGCUGAGGCCUAUAGUGAACAACAGCGGAGGUUCUAGCAAGGCGGCAUUGCGCUUUCCUGCUCUAAUAAACCAGUGGUUAGCAGAUAGACGGCACUGUCUUGCUGUGGCAGAUGCCAGCGAAUGGAGCUUGCUAAUGCCUUAUCUCGGGUGUACAGCGAGCUUUAGUAAGCUUAUGGACCCCAAGCUGUCUCAUGCAAUGCUACAACAACGGAGAACGCGAGCUGCUGCAUUGGCGGGGACAGCCAGUAGCCAUGCGGGUGAACGGCUGCAGGAAUGCAUCCAAUCAGCAACAGAAGUAACGCCAGCGGCAGCAGCAUCUGGAGCAACAAAAGUUGAUGCUGCUCCGGAUCUUUUUGAUGAGGCAGCAGCUCCUGUUUCUGUUGAGGCAUGGUGUUCCCUUUAUGGAGUCAGUUUCACGACGCAUUCUAGCGGCGGCGAAGACAGCAGCAGAGGAAUCAGCAGCCAAGAAUGGUUAAUGUCCCUCGCUGCCGCUGCUUGCUGGGAAUGUGUCUGCCUUCUUGGCCUUCUAGCAGUGAUGGGCGAAAAACUGGCAGAUGCAGGCCUCUUCGAGGUGUACCUCCACCUCGAAUAUCCACUCUCGCUGCAUCUUCUUCGCAUGCAGCAGCAGGGACUACCGCUGCUACUGAAGCCAUUACACCAGCUUCUGGAAAGAGGGGCGCGUUGUCUUCGAAGCCUGCAGGAGGCAGCAGCUCAGCUAGUGGGCCGUCCGUUCGUCAUUUCAGAUUCGGAAGCGCUUAGAGCUGUACUGCUGCAGACUCCCGAGGUACUGCAGCUUCUUUUGCCUGGUGACGGCGACAGCACUGGGAGCAGCAGCAACAGAAACACUGGUGAUGAGGCUCUUCUGGAGUCUGCGCAUGUUUUACUACUCCCACAGGACGUGCCCUCGUUGCUUCGCCGCUUGAGGUUCCAACACCCGUUGACUUGGAUUCUCUGCUGCUACACCACGCUGCAGCCGAUGCAGCAAACCAUUGCUGCCAUAGCAGCAGCAGCGGAACAGACUCCUCCCGCUGUGCUAACAGCAACGCCUCCCGCGACUGCAGUUGGCGAUGCAGCGGCUAUCAAUGCCGCAGCUGCUACUGCUGCAUACUGCUGCCUGCAUCACCCCUUGUGCACAGGCGUAUGUAGUUCAGGAGCGCAACAGCAGCAGCAACAGCGGCAGCAGCUGCGGGCGGCUCCCGAGCGCCUUCUACCGCGGCUCCGCAUGUGCUACGCUGAAACAGCAGCAGGAGGGUGGCGGGUGUCCUUACAGUUGCCCGGUGCCCUCCAAGCUGCUGCUGUAGGUGCCGAAACGCAGCAAACCCUCAAAAGUUUGCAGCAGCAAACGUUACACGAAGAACUGAUGAUUCUUACACUCCGGCUGCAAAAUCAGCAGCUGAAAACAGCGGAAUCCCGUUUCAGGCACCCAGCAGAUGCGGUCCUGUUAGUACUGUUAGAGAGAGGGCAGCAGACGCAACAGCAACAGCGGCAAGGACAGCAGCAGCUGCCGCCUGGACUCAAAUCCGAGUCUUUUGACGUUUAUAUACAUCCCGCAGCGUUAAAAGAGUCCAACAUCAGGAUAGGCGGAAGCAGUGCGAAUAGGCACUGCAGCAACAGCGCCACCUGCCCUCGAGGGCAGCUCCUAUGGACCCGCCGAGAGAUUCAGCUUCAGGCUGGCAUGCAGCAACAGGCGCAGCAAAAGCAGCAGGGGCAGCAAAAGCAGAAGCUACAGCAGGUAUGGCCACAUAGGCAGCAAGACCAGGAACAGCAAAAGUGGCAGGUGGAAACAGAGGAAAAGGCUUCUUCAUGGGUGGCCGCAGUGCGGCUGUAUCCGACGCACAAAUCUCACGCCACAGCAGCAGAAGCAGCGACAGCAACUGAGAAAGCAAGAGAAAAACCGGAAAAUAUUGAUAGCGAAAGAGACCACGAAGUGUUGGUUCUCCCUGCGUCGCUACUGUUCCGUUUGGAGGCUCCGCUGAGGCUAAACGCGUGGCGGUAUGGAGCGCAGCAGCAUCAGCAGCAACAGAAGCAGUGCCAACAGACACAGCAGAUGCAGCAGCUGCAGCAGCUGCAGCGCGAACAGCCGCAGCUUGCAUCUCUUCCUCCAGUAGGUAUAUUUGACGUGAGAAAUGUUGUGGGUGUCACUGAAGGCUUCCUUUUAGUUGCUGCAGAGUUGCAGCAUUUAGAGCUGAUUGUACUCGCCCACCUGUCAGGGUACAUGCCCUUAUUGCAGUUGUUGCGGCGGAACAGCAGCAAGCCUACAUUAGCUGCACCAGAAGCGCCGGCUGCUGCUGCUGCGGCGAAAGCUGAUGCAUUAGCAGAGUUGAAUGCAGCGUUGCUUCAGUUGCUGCGUCAGCCUCCACCCAGCAGCGCCAACAACCAUACCCAACAAAACAAACAGUCAGAGCAAAAGCAGAAGCAAGAACAAGAACAGCAAGGCCAGCAGCAGCAGCAGGGGCUUUCUCCUCAGGAGGUAUUGGCUCAUGCAUUGAAUUUGUGGACUUCCCGCUGUGAGUCACACGGGAGAGCGGUGACAGUUUUUGGAGUCAGCUUUGCGACUGGAGACAAGCGGUGGCAAAGGUGGGUGGGUCUCCGGUAG